AUGCGGCCCCCGCGGCGCCUCCGUCCCCGCCCGAGCGCGCCGGCCGCGCUUCCCCCGUUGCCGCCUAUUUUAUGUCUUUUGUCUCGGAGUUGGCACCUGUCCCAGAGAGCGCGUUUCCCUGCCCACCCCUUCGCCGCCGGAUCAGGGCGGGGGAGGGGGUACGGGGGACCUGGAGAGGAGGGGACGGGGAAGCAAGGCGCCUACGGCCCCGCAGCCCGAGGAGACCGCCCGGGGGCAGCGGCCGUGACGCGCUCCCGGGCGCCCCUGUUCCGACCGGGCGCGGCCCCUCCCCGCCGCCCCCCCCCCAACCCACCCUCCGCCGCGCACCCUCCUCCCGGGGCCGGCGCGCGCGGGCGGGGCGGGCGGCGCGAGCAGCGGAUUCGCCGCCCGGGCCCCGCGCCUGGGCCCGCAGCCCCGCGUGCGCGCCCCCGCGGGCACGCCGCCCCGGGGGCUCCCCGCCCGCGCGGUCCCGGCCGCCUGCCGCCGCGGGGUAGGGGGCACCGUGCCGCGGGGACUCAUCAGCCUUCUGCUUCGCGCCCGGCGGCCCGCACGCCCCGGCCGCGGCCCGCCCCCGCCGCCCUGGCACCGAGGCGGCUGCCGGAGCGCGCUCGGCGGCUGCGCUCCGAGGCGCCGGCUGCCAUGAUUGCGGGCAGCGGGGCGCGCGCGCGCACGCUCGGGCCCGGCUUGGGGACCCGGGGCGAACCCACGGUCCCUGGCCUGAACGCAGCCCCGUGCGAGCCGCGGAGUGCGGCCAGGUCUCCGGGCUCAUCCCAGCGAGAAACAACUUCCUGCUCCCCCGGCCCAGGGCGCAGGAGCUGCGGGGAGAAGUUCUAGGCCGCAGCUUUGCUAUCUUGGAGCCGGACGACGACACUGCUGCACACGGGCCGCGCGGUUCCUUCCCGCGCCCUCUCCCGCGGUCGCGACCAGCCGGGCUCCAGGGCCCGGACACUGGUUAGAGUGACAAGAAGGCCGCAGCUGCUUUUUCUGCCUGCUCCGCAGGAGCGCCUGAGUGGUUUCUGGCGCUUGGGGACGCCGACACGGGGUCGCUGUGCUCGGACCCCAUCCCCCUGCCUGGGCAUGCCCUCUCUCGGAGCCAGAUGGACCUGGUUGUCCCCGGAUGCCCGCGACAGGGGCCCGAGAGAAAGAAGGCCUCCUGGGCCCCAUCCCAGUGUCUCUCUGUGCCUGUCUCCCCGCCCCCCCCCCAGCCGGCCUUGGCAUUCUAACCAGUGUCCCUUGACGUCACAUCUCGCCAUUUCUGUCAACCAAUUGAAACUUGCCCGUUGUCAUAAAAAUAUAUAUACUUUUUAUGCCAUUGGUAAAUUCAAAAGUUCCUCGUGUGCCCUGCUUCCCAGGAAACUUCAUUCCACCUUGGAUUGGAUGGCCCAGGCAGGGGCACUGGCCAUGGGGCGAGGCUGGGCUGGGGCAGCUGGAGCAGCUCGGCCAGGGCCUCUGUUGCCCACUGACCCACCCUGGAGGCUCCCUAGACCCCCAUGACCUUGGCCUUGAAUUGUGCUAGACACACACACACACACAUCACUGCCACCACCGUAUGACAUACGAUUUGGGGAGGGGGGGUAAAAACAGGAGCCAUUAAGAAAUCUUCCAAAAUUACUUCCCUACGUGUUAGAAUCUUGCUGUGGCCUCUUCUUGCUAGGGAUAGCUCCCCCCCACCCGCCCCCAUGAGAAAAUUCAGUUUUAGAAAGUGGAGUAGAAAUGUUUUCUGGUUAAUCUUUUCACCGAAAUCCUGACCAACUUUCACUUUCCACGGCUGCUGACACCAAGCCGAGAGAGCCCAAGCAGGGGUGAUUUCUCAAGGGGGUGGGUUUCACUCUUUCCCUGAGGAAGGUCCAGGGUGGCCCUCCCAGCUUCCAGGACUAUGGGGUCCAGCUUGGGAAGUCCAGGAAUUCUGUACUCCUCCUUCCUCCGAAAAGGACUCCGAAAAGGACAGCCUGAGACUCAGGAAUGCCGGACCCACGUUCUAGCAAUACGGCAGAGAAAAACAAUCUCUCUUGUCCUUUAUAAUUUCCUUCACUAUUACAGUUCCCAGCCCUGACUAGGACGUGUGGAGUAAGAGGACACAUUCCCACGAGAUGACUAUGUGCAGGGCAGUCCCCCAAAGCCACACAGAUCCUGCUAUCACACCCCCCCCCCUCCGCUCCGGCCACGCCAAGGAAGAACCCAACCGCUAACUGCCAUUAUAAAUUCCCCCUUUCCCCAUCUUUACUGUAUGGUUCAACUACUUUAUAAAAAACAUAUUAAAGACAUUUUGUGGUUUAGCAACGCUGGGGACUCUAAAACAACAGAAAUGCUUCGCAGACUGGGUUGAAGGCAGAGAUCUAAACGCUGUAAGUAUCAGGCCCCUUUGAUACCAAAUCUUGUUUUUCCAAAAUAAUGAGCAAGCCUGGUAACAACCAAACGGGGAUUUUGAAAAUAAAUAUCUGGUUACUAUUCUCAUGUAAAACCACUCCCAAGUGCAAACUCUAGAACUGCUUCAUACCUCUGAGAUAUGUUCACACACACACAAAUACUACAACCAAUACACCCCACAACCACACUGUAAUCUAUUUAUAAUAACUUUCCUAAACACUAUAAAUAUUAUAACUAAUGUGAUAUAUGUUGUGUGAUUAAAUGGGUGGAUUAAAACACUGAAUUAAAAAAGCCACAAAGAAAAAGAGAUUAUCUUCCAUUAUGCCACUUACAACUUUUGUUCCAUUGGCACAAAUACAAACUUGGCAACUGUAUCAUUACUGAAGGCAGUGACUAAAUACCAGGAUAUUAGCUUUGUAAUUUUCACCUGAAAUCAUUGUAUAAUCAUAGCAGCUUGCUAACCUUUUUAUUCGCUGAUUUUUUUUUUUCUGGCUUU